GCAGUGCAGUGCACUGACUCAUAAAUGGAAAUGCUUGCUCCUUGCCCUUGCUAGUUUUAUAAAAUAAAAAUCAUUUUCGAAUUUAUUCAAAUUUUGCCAGUUCAAGGGCGAUUUGAUAAUGAGUCGAAGGGCGAGCCAAAGGAGGAAGCGUUUCAAUGUCUUUGACUUCGCCGAUGAGGACGAAAGAAUUGAGAAGGAGUCGGCGGAGUUUCUCGCAAGGUUUAAGAAACCUAAAAGAGGCAGCACGGCAUCUCCUCGUCUCAACAAAUACAACUUUCUUCAAUGCUUUGUCCGGCAAAAUGAAAAUAGCAACAGACCAAUUGAUCUUGAUGACGAAGUUGCAGAUUGCAGCAGUACUAAGCGAAUGGAAGUUAGCAAUCUGCCGAUUGAACUUGACUCAGAAGUUACAGAACCUCAACUACUCCGGAAAAAUGAAAUUAGAAAAAGACUGAUUGAUCUUGAUCUCGAAGAGGGAGAUUGCAGUAGGACUAAGCAAAAGGACGUUAGCACUGGACUGAUUGUACUUGAUUCGGAAUGUACAGAACUUCAGUCUUUACAAAGUCUCAAGACUAGGAAAAAGAGCAAGAUUGACGAACCAAUUGACAUUGAUGCUAAAGAAGUGCAGGCGAUCAAGCCUGCAGAAAAGCUCAGCAUAUAUAACCUUGGAGGCGUCAAUGCUUGUGUUACUAGUCAGCAAUGCACAUUUCCUGCAUGCUGUCCUGUGAAUAUGGGACAAGAGAAGAUUUCUGAACUGGAUUCCCCUUUGCAAUAUUUUUCUUCGAGCUAUAAGAAUGAGCCAGUUAGUGUGAUUUCAGAUGACGAUGACAGGAUUGAAAUUAUUUCUUCGUCAGUUUUUACUUCUCCUGAUGAGUGUAGAGAUUCUCUGGAGGAGCAACUUUUGGUUCAUGCUUCUGAAGGACAUGAAAUUGAAAGAGAAAAUGUGAAAGUUGUCAUUUCCCCUGAUUUUAUGUUUUAUAGAGGUAUGUAUUGUACAGAGGGUCAGUUAACUUUUUCAAAAACCUGCCUCAAGUUUAAGGGCUCAACUGUAAAUGGGACCAAGAAAAAAAUUAGUUUUGUAUGGACUGUUGGUGAUAUCAUCAGUAUUGAUGCACAAUGGCUUGAAGGGGUUGAAACAGCCAUUAUGAAUCUUGUUCUACUGUCAAAGAAGUCUAAGAGAGCUGGAAAUGAAAAUGAACCUUCAGCCAUUGGGUUGUUGAAGUUUUCAGUUUGUGAUCCUUGCUGGUCUGAAAGGGAGAAAGCAAUCAAAUCAUUGAGUGUGAGAUACAAGGAUAUAUGGAACGCUAUCUCUGAAGAAAAUGAAGAAAAUGCCUUCAUGGGACAGAGUAAAAGGUUUUUGUCAAAGCCAUUUUUUUCUGAUUUCCAUGAACAUUUUGAAGAAGUUAUCUAUCCGAAAGGUGACCCUGAUGCUAUUUCAAUUAGCAAGCGAGAUGUUGCAUUUCUACAGCCAGAGACAUUUAUCAAUGAUACCAUCAUUGACUUCUAUAUUAAAUAUUUGAAGAACAAAAUUCAACCUGAGGAGCAACAUAUGUUCCACUUUUUUAAUAGUUUUUUCUUUCGCAAGCUUGCUGAUCUGGAUAAAGGUUUAUCUAGUGCUUGUCAACUGAAAGCAGCAUUUGAACGUGUUCGUAAAUGGACUAGGAAGGUGGAUAUAUUUGCAAAGGAUUACAUUUUCAUUCCUGUAAAUUACAGUCUCCAUUGGAGUUUGAUUGUCAUCUGUCAUCCUGGUGAAGUGGCUAAUUUCAGAGAUGACGGAACUGAAAAUUUACUUAACGUCCCUUGCAUCUUGCACAUGAAUUCAAUUAGAGGAAGCCACAGAGGCCUUAAAAAUCUAUUCCAAAGCUACUUAUCUGAAGAGUGGAAAGAGAGGCAUGGAGAGGCAGCAGAUGAUGUUCCUUCAAAUUUUUUACAUUUACAAUUUGUCCAACUAGAGGUACCACAACAGGAGAAUUCAUUUGACUGCGGCCUCUUCUUGCUGCAUUAUAUGGAACUCUUCCUUCUUCAAGCAUCACCCGACUUCUGCCCUUUUAAGCUUAAUAUGCAUUGGUUUCCACCUGCCGAGGCUUCUUUGAAACGCUUUCAUAUCAAGAAGUUAAUCUGUGAAAUCUUUGACAAACAAUCUUGUUAUUCCACAUCUCUCUUACCGGUCCGAAGUGAGCAAGAAACUGGAGUGCAGAUUGGCAGUUCCGCAAAAACAUGUUAUGGUUAUUCCUCAAAUUCCACUGUUAACCAGGGGCCUAACAAUUUUGCACUCCCUGCAGCAUCCCCUCCGAUAGUUUUACGAAGUCAUAAAGAGUUGGGAUUGGAAGGUUUUAAAUUUUACGGGGUAGACAUGCAUGGAGGAUCGCUUUCCCAUGGAAAUUAUCAGCAGAUUAAUACAGUUGGUAAAAGAAAUGCCAUGUCACCUAUAGAGGAAAUCGAAGAGACCAGAGAAGAAAUAGCUGCCGAUUUGCUUUCGGGUCUAGAUGGUCAGAAAUUUGCUGGACCAGUAACUAAAUCUCACUUAAACAUGCGAUAUCCUAGCAAAGAUUUUAGAUUGAGAACAUCAUGGAACCGAAAAACCCCGUUGCAUUUCGAGGAUUCAGCUUUUAACAAGCUAAUUGAUUCUCUUGAUUCAUCAAAAUUAGGACUAGAAGAUUACGAAGUUCUUUCGGAGUUUGAGGUAUGUCCGCAACCUGAACAUUCCUCGACCUCAAAUGAAGGUUCCUCUGAUUGCGUUGUUGAAGAUUCUCAAGAGUCGAAUGACAUUCAUGAUGACAUUGAGUUUCAAAGUACAUGUUCACCUACAUCCUUUCAGAGGGACAUUUCCGCUCUAUCCCACCAACAAGCAGAUAUAACUGCGAAAGUAGAUCUUAAAGAGAAUGCCAUGCCAACAAGUGAUGGAGAUCAUGUGUCCAAAGGCGAUGAACAUCGAGCCACGGAAACUUCAUAAGCGUGUACUUGUUGGCGGAGCGAUGAAACACAACUGUAAAAGUACCGAAGGCAUGUAAGGCUUUGACAAAGGUUGGACUUGCGACGGCAUUGUGAAUGUUGUUUAUUAAUACACCAUAGUUUUAUGAUGUAGAUUGAAGUAAAAUGAAAGGAAGAAGAAUUAUAAAGCUAAAAAAGGAAGAGGAAAUUACUAAGUACAACAUAUAUGUUCCUUUGGGUAUAGAUUAAAUUU